AUGGCGUCUGCUGCAGUUCCCUUUGAAGAGGAGCUGGUCUUGGGUGGAGGGGAAUCCACGAUUAUAAGUGUGCGUGGGAUUGCGGGGCUGGGCGACGUGUCCGAGGUGAGGAAGAGCUUCAACCGGCACCUGCACUUCACACUGGUCAAGGACCGCAACGUAGCCACGCACCGUGUCUACCUCCUCGCGCGGUCGCACACGGUGCGCGACCACCUGGUGGGCCGCUGGAUCCGCACGCAGCAGCGCUACUACGAGCGCGACCCUAAGUUGCGCUUUCCGUCCGACCGGCGCGCUAGGAUCGGGGCUCUGAUGCCCGGCGAUUCUCCCACCGGCCCGCACCCCCUGGGCUUCGCCGUCACCGACCUGCUGGGCCUGGAGGCCGAGCUGCGGUCGCCUGCUGGACCCUGGCUGGGAUCGGACAGCGAUGGCUUCGCGGCCGCGCGGUGCGGAGGUCCAGGGCUUGGUGUCCCCUGCAUAGCGCGUGGGGCCCUUCCACUGGGUCUCCGCCUCCUCUGCUUGGGUGCGCAGCCUCCUGCGGCCGUUCCGGCGCCCUGUCUGCUCCUAGCCGACGUGCCCUUCCUGCCUUCCCGGGGGCCUGAGCCCGCGGCCCCGCUAGCCCUCCGUCACCCGCUGCCCCAGCUUGGCCGCCAGAAGCUCAGCGAGAGCAUCUCCACGUCCGAUAAGUACAGCCCAUCCGAAGACAGGAGUGACCUGAAGGUGUCCCCUACCCCUGGCAAGAGGAAGAAGCGGCGGCACAGGACUGUCUUCAACACCUAGCAGCUGGAAGAGGUAGAGAAGGUAUUCAGCAAGGCCCACUACCCCGAAGUGUAUGCCCGGGAAAUGCUGGCCAUGAAAACUGAGCUUCCUGAAGACUGAAUACAGGGCUGGUUUCAAAAUCGAAGGGCCAAAUUGUGGAAGCGAGAGAAGCAUUGGGGAGGCAGCAGCGUGAUGGCACAGUAUGGGCUCUAUGGGGCCACGGUGCGACACUGCAUCCCGCUGCCUGACUCUGUCCUCAAGUCCACCGAGGGCGCCUGGCGAGUUCCCUGCACUCUGGCUCCCUGGCUGAUUGGGAUGCAUAAAAAAUCCAGUAUGAUAAAGAAACCAGGAAAUGAAGAAAAGCUGGCUGGACUCUGGGGCCCUGAACACCUCAAGGAAGGUUCUCGUCCAAGUCAGGCAAGACCCCAGAGAGUGUCCAAUGAAGCCAGCCCUAAGAACAACUUGGAAGAUGUGGCCAUUGACCUCUCCAGUUCCACACGGCAGCAGACCAAGAAAGAACACAAGGGGACUGGUGUUCGAGGAUGUUCAACUUCUGAAGGGCUGAAGGGGCUCCACCCUGGGAAGGUGGGAGCCUUAUGAGGCCCACAGGUCCCACUCUCGAAGGUUGGAAAUGUGCUCAUUCCACACUUUGGCUUUUUCAAAAGACAAAAGUUGUCCAGGACAAAUCAUCUCAGUCAGAUUUUCUUCCUAGCAUCAGGAUAAAAUGCAAUGCCAUGUGCUUUAAAAAGAUGAAUGGGUAACUUAGGGAAAACUCCAUUUUGUUCUAGAAUGGAAACCACUCCUUAAAGACACUUGAACCAAUUAAUUUGGUGUAAAAUUUUUAUUCUCUUCUGUAGAACUUGAGGAGGGAAGAUUUUAGUUCAAACAGCAUUUUCACUGCUGGGCAUCAUUUGUGAUUUGGUUCAAUAUACUGUGUCAAUUAAUAGGUGAGGUCUGAUGUCUUCACUCUCAAUUCAAAAAUAUAAAAAUACUUAAUCUCCUGAGAAUCAGGUGUUUUCAUAAAUAGUGAAGACCCCAUAGAGACAUAUGAAUGAAUUAUAUUACCUUUAUCUUGAAUUUGGCUUUGGACAUUUCAAUUUUCUCAUUAGGCAAUAAUUUUAUAUUCUUUUGAAUGUCAUUUAAUAGGCUAUAUGUAUUAGAACUCAUAAAAACAAAGAAAGCCAUGCUUUCCCCUUCCUUUCUAAAAUAUUAAUAA